CGCCGUCCUGAUUGGACGCGGACAUGGGGCAUAUAAGAGGGCUCAGGGGCGGCCCCGGGCACUCGACGUGUGGUCGGCGUUCCGUUCGCGAUGUCGCGCUCCGUCUUGGGCUUGGCGCUGCUCGCGCUAGUCUUGUUCCCCUGCCUGGAGUGCGUCCAGCGUGCUCCGAAUGUUCAAGUGUACUCUCGUCAUCCAGCAGAAAAUGGAAAACCUAAUUUCCUAAACUGCUAUGUAUCUGGGUUUCAUCCGCCCCAGAUUGAUAUUGAGUUGUUGAAAAAUGGAGUGAAGAUAGAAAACGUGGAACAGUCAGACCUGUCUUUCAACAAGGACUGGUCUUUCUAUCUCCUGGUCCACACUGAAUUCACGCCCAAUGAUAAGGAUGAGUAUUCCUGCCGGGUGAAACAUGUCACUCUCAAGGAGCCUAUGACAGUGAAAUGGGAUCGAGAUUACUAAUCAACAGCAUGGAGGUCUGAGGAUACCUCAUUUCAAUUAGAGUAUUUCAGGAUUUCUUUCUUUUAAAUGUUGAUAUAUUUGUAUACAUCAACCUAAAAUGAUUGGCAUCAUCUUCUUUAUAAUCCUACUUAUAAAUACGGUUUCCAUGUUUUCUGUACUUCUGGGAAAAAAUCGAAGGCUAACAUUUGUGUCUUAGAUAUCUCAAAAGUAAUUAAUAACACCCAUGAGUCGUACACUUUGGAAAUUUAUAUUCAUUAAAUAAAAGAUAAAAAAAUAAAAUAAAAUAAAAUAAAUAAAUAAAUCUUUAAAAAAUGAAAAAAAAAGUAAUUAAUAACAUAUCAGUAAAAAUCUUUAUUGAAAACCUCAUGCAUAAAAGCUAUUCUUAGGGGUGGGAAUCCAUAGUUUGGGAUGCCUAUAUCUCUCAUUGGCGCAGCACCGAUCAAGUCCUGACUGUUCCACGCUUCUGACCCAGUUUUCUGUUAAUGCACCCGGAAGACAGCAGAUGGUGGCCUGAGUACUUCAGUUUCUCCAACACAUGUAGGAGAUCUGGAUAAUAUUCCUGGAUUCAUCCUGGCUUACACCUGGCUGUUGCAGUUGUUUGAGGAGUGAACCAACAGAUGGAAAAUAUAUUUUUCUGUCUUACUUUCACUCUCUGACAGUCUGCCUUUCAAAUAAAUAAAUAAAUCUUUAAAAAAUAAAA